AUGAAAAAAACAUUUAGUCUUGGUGUUGAACCUGUCGAUCAUGAUGUAUUAAAAAAACCACCAAGAAAAGUAACUGACUCAAUGAUUGAUCGUCCUUUAAUUAUUCAUAUAAUUACAAGUGCAACUAUCAUUGUUGUUGGAACUUUAUGUGUAUUUUAUGCUGAAAUGAGCGAUGGAAAAGUAACACCAAGAGAUACAACAAUGACAUUUACAUGUUUUGUAUUUUUUGAUAUGUUUAAUGCACUAAGUUGUCGACCACAGACAAAAUUUAUUUUUGAAAUUGGACUUUUCUCAAAUCGAUUUUUUGUUGUUGCUGUAUUUCUUUCAAUUCUGGGACAAUUAGCUGUUAUUUAUUUACCUCCAUUACAAUAUGUUUUUCAAACAGAAGCUCUUAGUGCUGCAGAUUUAUUCUAUCUAACAUGUUUAACAUCAUCUGUAUUUCUUGUUAAUGAAUUCCGUAAAUUAAUCUCGAGAAUUUUUCUCAAACAUCGUAAUAAUCAUAGACAUAUGGAAAAUAAUCAUAGAAAGAUGGAAAUUAAUCAAUGGAUGGUUUAA